AUGGCCGACAAGCUUCGCACGCAGCAGGAGCUCGAGCGGCUCCAGUCCAAGUUCAUCGGCACCGGCCACCCCGACACGACGAGCUGGGAGUGGAAGACCAACAUCCACCGCGACACGUACGCCUCCAUCGUCGGCCACCCGCCCAUGCUCGCCUACAUUGCGCUCGCCGAGAACGAGCCCGUGCAUCUCGUGCGCGCGCGCAUGAUCCGCAAAAUGCUGCAGCCCGCUGGCCCGCCGCCGCAGCGGGACAACGAAUGA